AUGCUCGGCAUUCGUUGCAUGACUUUAUCGACAUGUGCGGCACUAUGCAAACGUGCUGUACACCCUUUGUCUUGCCAUGGGGCAUUUAAAGCCUUCGCAGUGACUCCUUAUAUACGCAACUACGGCAUAUUUACCGCAGUGGGACUUGGGAAACACAAAGGGGCUACGUUCGAAAACUUUGACUGUGCAGUCAAGCCUGUACUAAAGCAUGGAUGUGCAAAGCGCUUCCUCACGGCUGCCUCACUCGUUUCAAAUAGCAGCAGUACCACUCCAAUCGCUGACCGUGCGAUAGGAACGAAAAGACCUUAUUUACCCUUUGCCUUUGCAAUGCGCCCAUCCCGAGGACGCAGUUUUAUCAGUGGGUGCUACCUUGGUGGCCACGCGAUUUCCACUGGAAGUGCAUCAUACCGUGCUUCAUUUCGCGCCAUGCAUGUUCGUGGUAAACCAACUAGCGCCGAACAAGAAACUAGUGGUCCCGAGGGGGCUGAACGCGAACAGGAACAAAGUGGAGAAGGUAAGAAGGCGAAAGGCCGGCAGCAGGCCAAAGCCCACACCUUCCGCGAUCAUAUUCGAGGCCUCAAAGAGGACUACGUGAAAUUUCCCGACAUCUACAAUAGCGCCAAUGCCAUCAACUUCAUCAUUUUUACCGUUUUUUGUCUAUGUAGCACGGGCAGUAACACGGAGGAAAAGUGGUGGAUGGAUCGCUGGGGCCUUGACAACACCUUUCAGCCAUCGGCCUGGCUGCUUCACUCCUUUCUGUGCCAAAACUUCCUGUCCAUGACGUACUCAAUGAUGCUGUUGCACACCAUGUGCCACGCAAUGCUCCCGACUAUUGGCUCCAAAGGAUUGCUCAUCUACGUCACUGCCACAGCGGCGAUCUCGGGAGUUGUGGUGUGGCUGGGCAAUCGUCUGUACUAUGGUCCACGGAAACCGGCGCCGGAGAAGCAGUUUGGGCCGUGGGACGUGGUGUCUGCGUUGUUUGUGAUGGAGUAUCUUCACUAUGGGGUGACCCCUAUCGCAAUUCUAAACAGCUUUAACAGCUGGAUUCGCUAUGCGGUGUGGGUAGGGGAGAUCUGCAUUUUAUAUUUUGAUUGGCAGACGACGGUCGUGGGUACAGUUGUCGGAAUGGCACUUUGUAAAGGGGUUCCUCGCUUCAAUAUCUCAAAGAUCAAGGGUGUCUAA